AGUACUGAGACCCGUUCUUCAAUUUCGUUCACCGGUCUCGCUACAUUAUGAAGACAGUUUGAGAACUGGGCUACGAUAAGGGAGAAGACGGAAGGCAUAUACUAUGGUUUGCGUCGAAGAAUAUUUAGUUUACUGGCUAGCAGUUUGAAUUGUAGCAUAUUGUUUGCGUUUCUACCUGGACUACAUUCAUAGGCUAACGCGCAAUCACGCAAUUUGUGAUCACGUGACAGUAAAUCAAGGUAUUUCUGUCAGAUGUGCGCAGUAGUGUCUCGACGUAUCACCCGUGUAGACGCGUUUUUGUGGCUGACUGCCUAUGUGUUAAGUCGAAUGCUUAUUGCUAAUGACGUAUAGUUUUAUUUUAUUGUGCUGUGUUGUGUGGUGAUGUGAUAUGGUAUGAAUUAUGUGAUGGGCGUGCCAAGAACACAUAAUAGAAGACAGCUCAUAAGAAGAAGCAACCCCCUCUCCAAGUGUGAAAGGUGCCGUUAUUUUCGAUAAUUGGCGAUGUGCGGCGGAGAAAACUGUACUUGCAGAAAACGACCGGCCCGAGAUAUGCAAAUACUUACCGCAUGGAUUCGAAACACCCAUUCAAAUCGUGGCAGGUGUAUAAAAUACUUCGGGACACUCUGGAAAAUGAGGCUGGCUUCAAGAAAACGUAUGACCCCAUCGCAGCAGCUAAACGAACUCUGAACUUGGCCAAGGACAUUCGCUUGGCAAUAAAGGCACUGAACUAUGAUCGGUACAAAUUCUGCGUGAAGGUGGAUAUAGGUCAAAAGUGGGAUCAAGGUGCAUGCAGUAUGGCACGUUUUAUGUGGGAUGUCGAAAAAGAUGACUUUGCAUACUAUACAUGUGAAAAUUCAUAUUUUUUUAUCAUUGCAACUGUAUUUGCAUUCUACUUUGACUAAUACCAACUGCGCAUUUCUCUAGAAUAAAGAAUCAUUGUGGGCGACAUU